AUGGAUACAGGCACUCCCGGACCCAGAGGGAGUACGGAUGCUGCCUCCGUUCAUGCUCCCGAUGAUGGUAACGGAAAUGGAGAGGAAGAAACGGCCCCCUUGGGAGAUACCUUGAACGCAGCACGCGGAUCAAGGGGCACCAGUACGAGUGCUGCACCGCCCACGAAUCACCAAACUGAACAGAUCGUGCACAGACAAAGGCACUCUACUAGCCACCAAAAAGACAGAUGUCACUUAAGAACAAAGACCUCAAUUAAAAUUGCGGGACUCAAUAUCAGAGGCCAUGGCUCAACCAACAUUGAACAUGCGGCAAACAAAUGGGGUGAUAUACGCCUCAUGAUGCUCGACCGUCGUAUUGGAAUCCUUGUUAUCGGAGAAGCUCACAUGAAUGCAGAUCGACGGGAUGACAUUGACCGAAAAUAUGGCAAAGACAUUAAACUGUACUACACCAAACUACCUGACACCCCAAAUGCAGCAGGCGUAGCAAUAAUCCUGAACAAAAACAUUACAAACGUUGAAGGAGUACAAACACACGAAAUUGUCCCUGGACAUGCAAUGCUACUAGAAUACUACUGGCACAAUACUGAACGUUUAUCUGUACUCGCAAUCUAUGCCCCAAAUACUGACAUCCCAUCCAAUACAAAUUUCUGGGUGAAAGUGCGAGAAUUCUUUGCACACCACCCAAGAAUCCGAAAACCAGACUUCAUGAUAGGCGAUUGCAACAUGGUAGAAGAACCACUUGGCCGAUUACCGGCACGCAGUGACAGUACCUUGACUGUUGAUGCACUAGACGAACUGAAAAAUGCAAUACAAGUAGAGGAUGGCUGGAGAAACACAUACCCUACAACCCUACAGUACACAUACAGACAAAAACGGACUGGCCAGAUAACUAAACACUCAAGACUCGACCGCAUAUACAUUAACCCCAACAAGAUGCCCUACUCCUACGAAUGGAAAAUUGAAAGCCCGGGUGUGGCAACAGACCAUGACCUGAUUUCGGUGCGAUACACAUGCGAAUCUGCACCAAUAAUCGGACAAGGCAGAUGGAUCCUCCCUAAAUACUUGAUGUACGACACAACUAUUAAGAAGUUCCUCGAUGAAGAUGGGAAGCAACUAGAAUCGGAAAUGGAUAGAGUGGAUGGAAACAUAGAUUGGGAUCCAACCGACAACCACCAGACACUAUGGUCAAAUUUUAAAAAGUGCUUCACCAAACUUGCUCGGGAACGCGCAAAAAUUGUAAUUCUGAGACUAGCGAAACAGAUUGCAGAGCUAGAAGCCAAAAUAGACACUAUUAGCAAUGACAUACAGAUCACAGAAGAAGAACGCUCACUUUCCACGGCAGCUCUCAAAGAUGCACUGGCAACACUCGAAGAGCGACGCUACAAAACUGUGCGGACCACUGCCCGAGCAAAAUUCACCAUACAAAGUGAAACAAUAUCAAGAUAUUGGUCUAACCUAAACAAAGACAGAACGAAAAGGGACCUAAUCCAACACCUAGAAAUACAAACACAACAUGAUGAGCCAGCGAAUCAUAGCCCAGACAUGCAGGGAGCACCAAUUUACGAAACGAACUCACUCCGAAUGGCGGACAUGAUGAAGGAAUACCAUGAAAACUUACAAAAAGACCACCAACCACCGAAUGAGAAUGUACGCAGACAAACUACCUAUGAAAUAUUAAACAACAUCGAAACAAAGGUUUCUGACCAGCAUAAACAUGAGAUUGAGAAAAAACUCACACUCGCUGAUGUCAACGAAGCCCUAAAACUGUCUGCAAACUACAAAGCCCCAGGCCUUGAUGGUAUAUGCUAUGAAAUAUGGAAACUCUUGCAGGCCCGUUUCGAAAAUGCGAAAGCACACCAAAAGCAAGCCCUGAACAUCAUCCAUACACUUCAAAGAGUAUAUAAUGACAUCGAAAACCAUGGACUGGCACCUGGCACCGAAUUCUCGGAGAGCUGGAUGUGCCCAUUGUACAAAAAAAAUGACAGGUCCCAGAUGGCUAACUACCGCCCAAUCUCCCUACUAAAUACAGACUACUGUCACGAAGCGGCAGAGGCGGAGUGA